UGUUGUAUGGUGGGAUCAAGUGCUUGCCAAGCCAAGGAUGAGUGCGCAGACCUCCACGACUGAGAAGGGCCUGAACCCUGGGCUGAUGUGCCAGGAGAGCUACGCGUGCAGUGGAGCGGAUGAAGCAGUCUUUGAGUGUGAUGAGUGCUGUAGCCUGCAGUGUCUGCGCUGUGAGGAGGAGCUACACCGGCAGGAGCGCAGGCGCAACCAUGAGCGCAUCCGCCUCAAGGCUGGCCAUGUGCCCUACUGUGACCACUGUAAGGGCCCCAAUGGGCAUUUGCCAGGGGGCCGCCAGAGGGCCACAGUGAGGUGCCAGGCCUGCAAAAUCAACUUGUGCCUGGAGUGCCAGAAGAGGACUCAUUCCACAAGUAACAAGAGAAGGCAUCCCAUCACUGUGUAUCUUGCCGGCAAGGCCCAGGAGUCUCUGGAGGCGGAGGAGAUGGAUGAGGAGACCAAGAGGAAGAAGAUGACCGAGAAGGUUGUGAGUUUCCUCCUAGUUGAUGAAAAUGAAGAAAUUCAGGUAACGAACGAAGAGGACUUUAUUAGGAAAUUGGACUGUAAACCUGAUCAGAAUCUGAAGGUGGUUUCCAUUUUUGGAAAUACUGGCGAUGGGAAGUCUCAUACCCUCAACUAUACCUUUUUUUAUGGCCGCGAAGUCUUCAAAACCUCCCCUGCCCAGGAAUCCUGCACCGUGGGAGUGUGGGCAGCCUAUGACCCUGUCCACAAGGUCGCAGUGAUAGACACAGAGGGGCUCUUAGGGGCAACUGUGAACCUCAGCCAGAGAACGCGACUGCUGCUUAAGGUGCUGGCCAUCUCAGACCUUGUCAUCUAUCGAACUCACGCCGAUCGGCUGCAUAAUGACCUCUUUAAGUUCCUUGGGGACGCCUCCGAAGCUUACCUGAAGCACUUUACCAAGGAGCUCAAGGCCACCACUGCCCGCUGUGGCCUGGAUGUCCCCUUAUCUACCUUGGGCCCUGCCGUUAUCAUUUUCCAUGAGACUGUGCACACUCAGCUCCUGGGCUCAGACCACCCCUCGGAGGUGCCAGAGAAGCUCAUCCAGGACCGCUUCCGGAAGCUGGGCCGCUUCCCGGAAGCCUUCAGCUCCAUUCACUACAAGGGGACGAGGACUUACAAUCCUCCCACCGACUUCUCAGGCCUGCGGCGUGCUUUGGAACAGCAGUUGGAGAACAAUACCACUCGCUCUCCCCGGCACCCGGGGGUCAUCUUCAAAGCAUUGAAGGCCCUGAGCGACCGCUUUAGUGGAGAGAUCCCCGAUGACCAGAUGGCACACAGCUCCUUCUUUCCCGAUGAGUACUUCACCUGCUCUUCCCUGUGCCUCAGCUGUGGGGUUGGAUGUAAGAACAGCAUGAACCAUGGGAAGGAAGGAGUGCCUCACGAAGCCAAGAGCCGCUGCAGAUACUCCCACCAGUACGACAACCGAGUUUACACCUGCAAGGCCUGCUAUGAGAGAGGCAAGGAAGUCAGCGUGGUGCCCAAGACGUCUGCCUCCACUGACUCGCCCUGGAUGGGUCUCGCCAAGUACGCCUGGUCUGGGUAUGUGAUCGAAUGUCCUAACUGUGGCGUGGUCUAUCGUAGCCGGCAGUACUGGUUUGGGAACCAGGAUCCUGUGGACACAGUGGUGCGGACCGAGAUCGUGCACGUGUGGCCAGGAACUGAUGGGUUCCUUAAGGACAACAACAACGCAGCCCAGCGCCUACUGGACGGCAUGAACUUCAUGGCGCAGUCUGUUUCCGAGCUGAGCCUCGGGCCCACCAAGGCUGUGACCUCCUGGCUCACCGACCAGAUUGCACCUGCCUACUGGAGGCCCAACUCCCAGAUCUUGAGCUGCAACAAGUGUGCAACGUCCUUUAAAGACAAUGACACUAAGCACCACUGCCGGGCCUGCGGGGAGGGCUUCUGCGACAGCUGUUCCUCCAAGACGCGGCCAGUGCCCGAGCGAGGCUGGGGCCCUGCACCUGUGCGAGUGUGUGACAACUGCUACGAAGCCAGGAACGUGCAGUUAGAUGUUUCAGAGAUGCAGGUAGACGAUGAAGGCGGAACACUGAUAGCCCGGAAGGUGGGUGAAGCUGUGCAGAACACCUUGGGAGCCGUGGUGACAGCCAUGGACAUACCACUAGGGCUCUCUCAAGGAGGCAAGGGCUCCCCUUGGCACAGAUGGCUGUCAGCCCUACUCACCAUGAGCUCCCCAGCUAGUGUGUCAAACCCGUUACUUCUUAUGAAGCUCGUAGCAGAUGUCAGAGGGCUGGUGAAAGAUGCGGCUCGGCCGGCGUACUGGGUGCCCGACCAUGAGAUCCUGCACUGCCACAACUGCCGGAAGGAGUUCAGCAUCAAGCUGUCCAAGCACCACUGCCGGGCCUGCGGGCAGGGCUUCUGUGAUGAUUGCUCCCACGACCGCCGGGCUGUCCCCUCGCGUGGCUGGGACCAUCCUGUCCGGGUCUGCUUCAACUGCAAUAAAAAGCCCGGUGACCUCUAACCCCAGCUCCCUUUCCGAGUCCUUCACAAUUCCUUAGGUUCUCAGGGUUAGAAGUGCAAGUCCUAUUGAGCUAGGCCCUCCUGCCACUCACCUGGCUGUGUCCUCACCUCUGCUUGUCCUGGGCCACUUGCUGUCAGUUGGGAGUGAGCCUGGCAGCAGGCAGGAAGGCAGCAGCCCUUCCUGGCAGGGGAUCGAGCAGCAAAGGGAAUGAACCAGAAUCUGCAUACAUUUAAGUCACAAAUACUAAAAGAGAUCAACAUC